AUGGACUUCCAACCUCAGCAAUUCCAGUCUCAGCCUCAGCCACAGUUUCCUUCCUACGGUUACUGCAAGUCUUACUUCGUCGAGAACCACGAUGACGACGACGGCAUGUUCGCCAGAGCAGCUGCGGAUCGUGAGAGGAAGAAGGCAAUCGGGAAGCUCCGUCAGAACGCUCUCGCUGAGGAACUCUCGCAAAUGACUGCCGAUGAGUACCAAGAAGACGUUCUGGACCACAUGCUGUUCAUGGAGGGGGAGACCAUGCCUGACGUCGCGUCGAUCGAAAUCCAGACGGAGAUUCAGUGGUUUAUGAGACCCUUCCUUCUGGACUUCCUCCUCGAGGCGCACCAUGCGUUCCAGCUGCUGCCCGAGACUCUCCACCUCGCUGUGAACAUUCUGGACCGCUACUGCUCGAGACGUGUGGUGUACAAGAGACACUACCAGCUCGUCGGCUGCGCGGCUCUCCUCAUCGCGGCCAAGUAUGGAGACCACAAGGAGAAGGUUCCCACCAUCCGAGAACUCAAGUCGAUGUGCUGCUCACUCUACGACGACGACAUGUUCACCCAGAUGGAGUGGCAUGUACUGCAGACUCUCAACUGGAUCGUUGGCCACCCCACCGUCCCAAGCUUCAUCGAUCUCGCCAUGUCCGACGUCGCCUUUGAUCCCGAGGUUCAACACAUGACCUUCUACCUAUCGGAGCUCGCCUUGUAUCACAAGGAGUUCAUCUCGGUGCUUCCAUCGGUCAUGGCGCGGUCGCUGUUGGGGCUUGCAAGGUGCAUCCUCAGCCGCGCCCAGGCAAACCACGGCUCGUGGGCGGCUGAGAUUGACAACAACGUCGUGCUUGGCCUCUCCAAUCACCUUGCUCAGCCAUCGGCACCCCUGUACAGGAAGUACGCAGCACCCCACUUAUCGUCAGUAUCGCAAAGACUGGAGCUGUUCUUCCAUCAGCAGAGGGCUGUCGCCGCUCAGAUCAACCAGACCCCAGCCAACGAGCUCCAGCAUCUCGACGUCUCCAAGAUCGCAGCCGGCGUCACGUACCCUCAGACCCCACAGAAGCCAGGCUUCCCGAUGUAUCCAGCAGGUGUCCUCACCCCGCCGAUCACGCCCGACAAGUUCCACUGCAGUACAAACAACGCCCUGGUACCGAUGGUGCCGAAUGCCUCGACGCCACCACCGAGCGCCGAACAGCACCAGUACCCGCACACGCACUUCGCGUCCCAGUAUAUGCCGCAGCCGCAGUUCGUCUCAUGA